AACUCGUUAAUCUUCAUUUCAUACUCUUUCCUAUUCAUUUUCAAUAUGGUUCAGCCAACAUGGUUAUUUUCACUUUUGAUACUAACGCUUCAAUUAUCAUCAUCAGGGGUCAAUUCCACGAAGUUCACUUUGGUUAACCAAUGCAACUACACGGUGUGGCCAGCGUUAAGCGGAGAUGAUUAUCUUUCAACGACUGGCUUCGUUUUGAGAAGUGGCGAAUCUUCCACUGUGACUCCACCUGCAAAAUGGAAAGGCCUGAUCUGGGGCCGCACUCUCUGCACCAAUAGUUCAGCCACGGGAAAUUUCUCUUGUGUCACCGGUGAUUGCGGUUCCGGAAAGAUAGCAUGUUACGGAAGAACAGCUUCUAUGCCGCCGGUCACGCGUCUAGAGUUUUCCUUAAGCGACACCAAUUUUCCUGACAUUUAUGAUGUGAGCCUAGCUGUCGGAUUCAAUGUGCCGGCGAUAAUUGUUCCCAUAAGCAGCAGCAGCAAGUGUAACAGCACGGGGUGUGCGGUCGAUAUGAAUAGAGUGUGUCCGACGGAGCUAAAGACAAUAAAAAAUGGACAAGUGGUGGGGUGUCAGAACCCCAACCCCUGUAUUGGUGAUGCGAGUUCCAACUGCGAACCAAGCGUGUACUCGAAAAUAUUCAAGACUUCAUGCCCGCAAGCCUUCAGCUACCCAAAAGACGACCGAACCAGCACGUUCAUCUGUUACGAUCCUGUCGAUUACAACAUUGUCUUUUGUCCUACAUCUAGCAACACCAACACCAGCCAAAGUGUUGGGGACUCACUCAUGGCUGGAAAUGGGACAUCUCGGUGGCUUUCUCCUUCAGGUGAUUUUGCAUUUGGGUUUUACCAACUUCCUAAUGAGUUUUUCUUGUUGGCUGUUUGGUAUGACAAGAUGCCAAAUAAGACCAUUAUUUGGUUUGCAAAUGGAGACAACCCUGCUCCUAUAGGAUCAAGGUUAGAACUAAAUGACUCUGGACUAGUGCUCAAUAACCCCCAAGGUUUAGAGCUAUGGAGAUCAAAUUUUGUAUCAGGUACAAUUUUUAAUGGUCUAAUGAACGAUGAUGGAAAUUUUCAACUCUUAGACCAAAAUUCUGUGUCACUAUGGGAGACUUUCACCCAUCCAACUGACACGUUAGUACCUAAUCAAGUAAUGGAGUUAAAUGGAAAACUUUUUUCACGACGAGGAGAGUUUAACUUCUCUCAUGGAAGAUUCAAACUUCAUUUACAAGAGGAUGGAAAUCUUGUGCUCAGCCUCAAUUUGCCUAGCAACUACAGUUAUGAGCCUUACUAUGAUACUGGCACUGCUGAUGCUAAUAGCCAAACAAAUAUUGACAUGAAAUUGAUAUUUGACAAAUCAGGCUUCUUAUACAUACUGAAAAAAAGUGGGGAGAAGUUUUAUAUUACCAAGCCAAAUGAGACGAUCUCAACUAAUGACUUCUACUACAAAGCAACGAUCAAUUAUGAUGGAGUUUUUACCGUAUCAUAUUACCCCAAAGAUCUAAGAAAAGGACAAGGAUGGGUCACUACAAAGACUAUACCAGAAAAUAUUUGUUUGAGUUCUACAUUCACAGAUGGUGAAGGUGUUUGUGGGUUUAAUAGCAUAUGCAAUCUCAAAGCUGACCAAAGGCCAAUAUGUAACUGCCCAGAGAGAUAUUCUUUAAUUGAUUCAAAUAACAUGUAUGGUGGUUGCAUACCAAAGCUGACCUCUUUCCCAAACCCAAAUGGGAAGAAAGAUCAUGAUGUCUUGAUCGUUAUGUUAUCAGUUCUUUUGGCCGGCUCUGUGUUAAUCAUUUUGAUGUUGGUUGGUGCAUUAUAUUUUGGUUUCUCGUGCAACCGCAAGAAGAUCGAAAGUAGUAGAACCAACAAAAGUGUUGCUAAAAAGAAUUUGCAUGACUUUACCUUCAAGGAACUUGUGGAAGCAACAAACAACUUUAGAGAAGAAUUGGGAAGAGGAUCUUUUAGCAUUGUAUACAAAGGAACAAUAGAGAUGACUAGUGUGGCGGUUAAAAAAUUAGACAAGUUGUUCCAAGAUAAUGACAGGGAAUUUCAAACUGAGGUGAAUGUAAUAGGCCAAACUCAUCAUAGGAACCUAGUUCGUCUACUUGGAUAUUGCAACGAAGGACAACAUCGAAUUCUGGUAUACGAGUUUAUGAGCAAUGGCACUUUAGCAAGCUUCCUUUUCUCUUCUUUGAAAUCCAAUUGGGGCCAACGAUUUGACAUUGCCCUUGGGAUUGCCAGAGGUCUUGUUUACUUGCAUGAGGAAUGUUGCACCCAAAUCAUCCAUUGCGACAUAAAGCCACAAAAUAUACUUUUGGAUGAUCAAUAUAAUGCUAGAAUUUCAGAUUUUGGGUUAGCAAAGCUGUUAUUGAUCAAUCAAAGCCGCACUGAAACUGGAAUUAGAGGAACAAAAGGGUAUGUUGCACCAGAUUGGUUUAGAAGUGCACCAAUCACUGCUAAGGUUGACACUUAUAGUUUUGGUGUGUUGUUACUAGAGAUCAUUUGUUGUAGAAAGAAUGUAGAAAAGGAGCUUGUUAAUGAAGAAAAAGGGAUAUUGACUGAUUGGGCAUAUGAUUGCUACAAGACUAGAAGACUAGAAAUUCUUUUAGAAAAUGAUGACGAAGCUAUUAAUGACAUAAAGAGCUUUGAAAAACUUGUGAUGAUUGCUAUUUGGUGCAUUCAAGAACAUCCUUCUCUUAGGCCAACAAUGAAGAAGGUUUUGCUGAUGCUAGAAGGAAAUGUUGAAGUUUUAACACCCCCAAGUCCCUACCUUCAUGGUUCUAUUAGUGAAAAUUGAAAUUAGUUUCUUUUGGAUGUAAUUUUGAUAUUGUCUUUGCUUCACCUUUUCGCAGUUUAUUUGUUCUUUUAGUUGUUCUUCAAAUUGAUUUUUCAUGUCACGUUUUCUUUUUUCUUCUUCUUUUAAAUAAAGAUAAAGGCAUGAAGUGUUUCUUUUUAAACUAGUAUUCAAUAAUAACCAUACUCCUUUCUUCUUGCGUGUUA